CCUCUCUCUCUCUCUCUCUCUCUCUCUCUCUCUCUAUACGUAUAGUUUUUUCUUUUCUAUCUACAAAACCCGAAAAGUGAAAAUUACGAAAAUAGCCCUCGAUGCUAAAGAUGGAGUACAGUGAUUCAAACAACACAAACACUUCUCCAUCGUCUUCUCAAUCUCUUUCUCCUUCUUCUUCUCCUCCACCCUCAUCAGGGCUGCGGCCUCCGGUUGUCCCGGUGGUUAUUAGUCCUUGCGCAGCAUGCAAGAUUUUGCGGAGGAGAUGCGCGGAGAAAUGUGUCUUGGCACCUUAUUUUCCUCCCACCGAACCCGCCAAGUUCACCAUUGCACAUCGAGUUUUCGGUGCUAGCAACAUCAUUAAGUUCUUGCAGGAGCUGCCAGAAUCUCAAAGAGCAGAUGCAGUAAGCAGCAUGGUGUAUGAAGCUAGUGCGCGAAUUAGGGACCCUGUUUAUGGAUGUGCCGGAGCGAUAUGCCAGCUCCAAAAACAGGUGAAUGAGCUACAAGCACAAUUGGCCAAAGCACAAGCCGAAAUCGUAACCAUGCAAUGCCAACAAGCAAACCUAAUGGCUUUGUUGUGUAUGGAGAUGACUCAAUUCUUCGCAGUUAAACAAAACGAUUCUCCACAGUCAAUGGACAUGACUUUCAAUGUCAGUAGCCCGAGCUAUCAGAGCAACCUUAACUGCUUAUUUGAAGACAACAACAACGCGAACACAACGCAACCAUUAUGGGAGACUCUUUGGACUUGAUUAAUUAAUCAAACAUCAGUUAAUUGAUGUUAAAAAAUGAGAUACUAUUUGUACUCUUUUUAUUUAUAUUAUCACUUUAACG